AUGGAUGUCUCACAUAUCAGUCAUGACGUUGAUGAUAAUCACAGACUUUUAGAAGAAAUUAUGAAUUUUAAUAUCACUAGUUCUGUUCGUAAUGAGAGUAAUAUUAAUAAUAACACUGUAGUACAGAAUAAAUCGGGUAAUUUGGUUUCAUUUUUAAGAGACUCAAGUUUUUUAAAUAUUGAGUCAUAUCCACAGUUAAAUUCCAAGAAUAUAAUAUCAUCAGAUGAAAAUAACAAUAAAGACUAUAACGAUAGUAAGAAGAAAGAUGAUAUAUUAUCUGGAAAUGUAGAAGAUAUACAUGAGUUUUUAAAAUUUGAUAUUAAUACAUUACAGAACAACAAUAUCAACACUAAUAACACUAAUCAUGAAAAUAUAUAUCCUAAUCAUAUUUCUCCUGCACACCAACAUGAAAGAUUAUUAUAUCAGAGACAAAUGAGUAGUAUAAAUAAUAAUAAUAAUAAUAAUAAUAAUAAUAAUAAUAAUAAUAAUAAUAAUAAUAAUAAUAAUAAUAACGGUAUGAGAGCUAACCAUUUAACAUAUAGUAAUGAGCAUGUUGCAUCAUUCUUGGACGAUAUGUUCACCACAAGUCAUUUGAAUAGUGAUAUGAAUAACAACAAUAUUGAUGUUGUUAAAAAUAUCGAUACUUCAUUUUUAAAUGACUCUGGAAUGGCUCUAUCUCAAUCUUUAUCGAAAGAUUACCUCCAAAAUAUAAAUAACGGAUUUAGUUCAUCACAUAAUACAAUUAAUAACCCUUCAUUUUCAACAAGUAUAUCAAAUGAUAAUUUAAGUUCAAGUUUUCAACAACCGCAUUCACUCAACAAACUUUCCAUAAAUACAGAUUUCUUAUUCAAUACACAACAUAUAAGCGGGAUAGAUGAUAGUGUAUUAAACUAUGCAGAGGAUAUUACAUCGUCUUUAAGCUCAAGUAUUACAUCGGACAUAAUGACACCAUCUUCAAAUUCAUUCAAUCCACAACCGUUUGAAUCAUUGAAUGAUAAUACGUCCAGUAUUUUAAGCACAUCAUUGAAAUCCCCAAUAACCAGCAUUACAACCCCAGGUUCUUUAAGAAGUAACACUUAUCUUUCUCAGUCUUCAAGACAACCAACAUUUAUGGGCACAACUCCAAAAUCAAGACAUUCCUCAAAUAAUAAUAGUAAUAAUAAUACCAAUGGAAAUAAUACUUUAGAUAGAUUAAGCACAAGUGUUCCAAAAUCGUUAUCACAUCUCACUACAGAAGAAAAAUUACGACGUAAAAGAGACUUUCAUAAUGCUGUGGAAAGAAGAAGAAGGGAAUUGAUAAAACAAAAAAUUAAGGAGUUGGGUAAUCUAGUACCUCCUUCUUUAUUAUGUUUUGAUGCAAAAGGUAAGCAAAUUAAACCAAAUAAAGGUAUUAUUUUGAAUAGGACAGUAGAUUAUAUAAAUUUUUUAUUGGGUGUACUAGAAGCACAAGAGAAGAAAAGAUCACAAUUAUUAUACAAAAUUGACGAAUUAGAAAGAAUGGUAGGAAAAUUAGCCAUUAAUAGUGAUGAUGAUAUAAAAAGGGAUAAAAAUAUGGUUAAAAUAGAUAAUUUGGGGCUGAAAUUAGGUGAUAUUGAUGAGCCUUCAAAAUUGAAUAAUAAUCAAAAUGAUACAGGUGUUGUUCAUGAUAAUAUUCAUAUUAAAAUGGAGGGAAAUAACCCACUGGUAUCUGAUGAUUUGAAACAGUUUCUAUCUGGUGAUAUUGCAGAGGCAGAAGAUAAUGCAAAGCUAAUGUUUAAUCAUGAUGAGAAUAAAGAUCCAACUGAAUAUUUAUUACAGUUUGAUUCAUGA